AUGCCCGGUUCCUGUGCCCUGCAGGAGUGGUGGACCCACCUGUGGCUGAACGAGGGCUUUGCCUCGUGGAUCGAGUACCUGUGCGUGGAUCACUGCUUCCCCGAGUACGACAUCUGGACCCAGUUCGUGUCUGCCGACUACACGCGGGCGCAGGAGCUCGAUGCCUUAGACAACAGCCACCCCAUCGAGGUCAGCGUGGGCCAUCCCUCCGAGGUGGAUGAAAUCUUUGAUGCCAUCUCCUACAGCAAGGGAGCCUCUGUGAUCCGGAUGCUGCACGACUACAUUGGGGAUGAGGAUUUCCGGAAAGGAAUGAACCUGUACCUGACCAAGUUCCAGCAGAGGAACGCUGCCACAGAGGAUCUCUGGGAAAGCCUGGAAAAAGCCAGUGGCAAACCCAUUGCUGCUGUGAUGAACACGUGGACCAAGCAAAUGGGAUUUCCACUCAUUUACGUGGAGGCUGAACAGCAAGAAGAUGACAAAGUGUUGAAGUUGGUCCAGAAGAAAUUCUGUGCCAGUGGACCAUAUACUGGGGAGGAUUUCCCCACGUGGAUGGUGCCCAUCAGCAUUUGCACGAGCGAGGACCCCACCUGUGCCAAAAUGCAGAUUUUGAUGGACAAGCCCGAGCUCACCGUGGUGCUGAAGGACACCAAGCCAGAGCAGUGGGUCAAGCUGAACCUGGGCACGGUGGGGUUCUACCGCACGCAGUACAGCCCGGCCAUGCUGGAGAGCCUGAUCCCGGCCAUCCGCGACCUGUCCCUGCCGCCCGUCGACCGCCUGGGGCUGCAGAACGACCUCUUCUCCCUGGUGAGGCUCUGUGGGGUGAUUUAUCCCAAUUUCUCUGGGCACAGGGGUCUGUGGGUGUUUGAUCAGGCUCUGUGGGUGGUUUAUCUGGGCUCUGCCUUCUCCAGCCUUGCUGAAGCUGCCUAUGAAGCUGCAGAUGUGGCUGAUGAUCAGGAAGAGCCAGCAACCUACUGCUUAUCCUCCUCCUUUGAGCUGAUAGUGCAGAAACUGCUGGAGACUGCAGACAGACCUGAUGGACACCAGAAUAACUUGAGGAGUUCUGCCUAUGAAUCCCUGAUGGAAAUAGUGAAAAACAGUGCCAAGGACUGUUAUCCUGCUGUCCAAAAAACCACGCUGGUCAUCAUGGAGAGGCUCCAGCAAGUGCUGCAGAUGGAGUCUCACAUCCAGAGCACCUCUGACAGAAUCCAGUUCAACGACCUCCAGUCUCUUCUCUGUGCUACUCUCCAGAACGUGCUGCGGAAGGUGCAGCACCAGGACGCGCUGCAGAUCUCGGACGUGGUGAUGGCGUCGCUGCUCAGAAUGUUCCAGAGCACGGCCGGCUCCGGGGGGGUGCAGGAGGACGCCCUGAUGGCCGUCAGCACCCUGGCCAUGCCAACGUUGAUAGAGCUGAUGAAGGAUCCCAGCGUGGUGGUCAGGGACACGACAGCCUGGACCGUGGGCAGGAUCUGCGAGAUGCUGCCCGAGGCCGCCAUCAACGACAUCUACCUGGCCCCGCUGCUGCAGUGCCUGAUGGAGGGGCUGAGCGCCGAGCCCAGGGUGGCCACCAACGUCUGCUGGAGCUGA